CACGCGGCAGACGCUUCCUUAGUCUCAACUUAAGGAAAAUAGUGCUAAAAUUAUUUUUUCAAAACAAUUUCUAGUGAAACAAGAAGGUAUUUUGUUUCUGCAAGAGCAAGGUAUAUAACAAAGAUGUACAAGUUUUUCCUUCUAUCACUACUUGCCGUGGCACUAGGUCAAGGCACCAGCGGCGACGUAGAAAAAGUAAGAAGGCAAAUAUCCGGUACGGAACCACCGGCAACCGGUAGCGGAACUGACGCCGUGCCCGAAGAUAACUCCUGCCUUUCGAAUAAAAUAAAAGGUAUAUGCGUGAGGUACUACCUUUGUGAUCACGUCGACGUUGGCCACGAUGUCAGCGAUAGAAACUGCCCUUCGUAUUUUGACGUCUGCUGUCAACCAUCCCACGUACUAACUCUCGAGGACCUUAACAUAAACCGUACAACUACGAACCGCAAGGAACAGGUCGCAAAUUAAAUGGCUCCCUAUUCGUCAACGCCGGCAGAAGAGACUACUCUGCGUUGUACUCUAUUCUUUUCAAUCCUCACUAUCCAGAACACUUAAAAUGUAAGAGUCAAUAUCUCGGGGACUCUCACAACCUCCCUCUUCGAUCCAUGAAUUCACUCUCACUCAUUGUACCUCCCUUUCAUGUCUGACUUCUUCACUCUCCAAUUGCUACGUAUCUGGAAUGCUCUCUCAGACUCCAUCAGAAGAUCUCCAAGAAUAUUUGUAAGGAAAAAUGAAAACAUUUGAUGACAUCUUGAGAAGUGCUGUAUUUUUUUUUUUUUAGAUAAGGUUAACCUAGUGUUGUCCCUUAUGCCCUUACAUGCCCUUUAAAAAUUAAAUUUUUAGUUAUCAAUUAACAAACAAAUUUAAUUUUUUACAUAUUUUAUAAAA